UUCUGGUCAGACCUGUACUCCUACGGCCGGCGCUGCACGACCUCUCCGACCUACCAGUCCCUUCGGUCUCUCCCCGGCAAGCAGUGUAAAGGCAGCCCUAACCCCCCGACUUCAUCACCACGGCUGGCGCUGCACGACUUCCCGGACCUCCCGGUCCUCCAGGGAUCUCUCCGGCGGAUGGUACAAAAGGUCCCCCACCUCUCCAUCCUGAACGGCUCAAGGGGCUUGUUAAGCCCGUCAAAGUAA